AUGUCGGACGGGGACGUGCUGCGGAUCCCUCUGGGGCUCGUCAACUGCGGCGGCAAGUACCUGACGGCGGAGACCUUCGGCUUCAAGAUCAACGCGUCGGCCGGCAGCCUGAAGAAGAAGCAGACGUGGACCCUGGAGCAGACCGGGGAGGACGGCAGCGCGGUGUUCCUCCUCUCCCACCUGGGCCGCUACCUCGCCACGGACAAAGACGGCAACGUCACCGCGGACAGCGAGACGCGCGGCCGGGACUGCCGCUUCGUGGUGACCGCGCACGAGGACGGGCGCUGGUCGCUGCAGUCCGAGCCGCACGGCCGCUUCCUCGGCGGCAGCGAGGACCGCAUCUCGUGCUUCGCGCAGACGGCGUCGCCGGCGGAGAGAUGGAGCGUGCACCUGGCCGUGCACCCGCAGGUCAACCUGUACAGCCUGGCGCGCAAGCGCUUCGCCCACCUGAGCGCACAGGGGCAGGAGGUGUCCAUCAACCGGGACGUGCCUUGGGGGGUGGACUCCCUGGUGACCCUGGUGUACCGGGACCAGCGCUACCACCUGGAGACCUCCGACAACCGCUUCCUGCGCAAUGACGGCACCCUGGCCACCAAGACGGACAAGGACACCGGCUACGUGCUGGAGUUCCGCUCCGGGAAAGUGGCGUUCCGCGACUGCAACGGCCGCUACCUGGCCCCCGGGGGCCCCACCGGCACGAUGAAGUCCGGGAAGAGCGGCCGCGUCGGGAAGGAUGAGCUGUUCGGCCUGGAGCGCAGCCACGCGCAGGUCGUGCUCACUGCAGGCAACGAGAGGAACGUGUCCACGAGGCAAGGCAUGGACCUGUCAGCCAAUCAGGACGAGGAAGGGGACCAGGAAGUCUUCCAGCUGGAGAUGAGCCGUGAGGACAGGAAGUGCGCCUUCAGAUCCGCUUCUGGGAAAUACUGGACACUGACGGCUGCAGGAGGACUGCAGUGCACCGCCUCCACCAAAUCAGCCAACAGCUUCUUUGAACUGGAGUGGCGUGAUGGUCGCGUGUGUGUGCGUGCGGCUAACGGGAAAUACGUGAUCGCCAAGAGGAACGGGCAGCUGUCUGCUACCAUCGACCACGCAGGUGAAGCCGAACAGUUCCUGAUGAAACUGAUCAACCGGCCAAUCAUCGUCCUCCGUGGGGAGCACGGUUUCAUCGGGGCCCGUAAAGCCGGAAUGGCGACGCUGGACUCCAACCGAGCCUCUUAUGAUGUUUUCCAGCUGGAGUUCCACAACGGAGCGUACUCCCUCAAAGACUCUCAGGGGAAGUACUGGUGCGUUGGAGACGACACGGCGGUGGCCUGCAGCAGCUCCACACCCGUCCAGUUCCUGUUUGAGUUCUGUGACCUCAACAAGAUGGCCAUCCGCGUGCUGGGGGGGAAGUACCUGAAAGGAGACCACGCUGGGGGGCUGAAGGCCAGCGUGGACUCCCUGGACAGCGCCACCCUCUGGGAGUACUGAGAAAGCACAGCCCAGACUUCCACCAUCUCACACGACAAUGCUUCAAAUUGAUCGAUACUGUAGGUAGCUGUUUUUUUUUGUGUUUUUUUUGUAUGGGUGUAAUUGUGAAUUGGUCUGGAUGAACGUGUGGUUGAAACUGGAGCUGAUAAACUGGAAGUCGUUGCCUAUUUUUGAUUUUUUCUCUUUCCUAAACGAUUGGUCUCUUCUUACCGGGCUUUUCACCAGAGAUUUGGAUUGAAUAUUUCUCGAUGUUCUGACGUGUUUGAUAAACGAUUCACGGUGCGGUCGCACAUUAAUUGUCUCAAUUCCAGUCAAAUAGACACAACAACUGUAACCUGAUGAAUUUCACUACGAUAACUGUCAUUAUUUGUGCCUAUCUGUGGUAACUACUGGUGGAGAAUGCUAUAACUCAUAUUUCACAAUAUCUAAGCUUCUGGUGUUAAAUGUGCUGCUGGCUGUUUUACGCUGCUUCCAUCUCCUGUUCUCUUUUAAACUGCAAUGCAUAACGCACAUCAGAUAGAAGGAGGUCACUGGUGACAGUGCUGCUGCUGUAUAUAAUGCUUUCUUUGUCGCUAGAUGCUUCAAAAACAUAGUAACCAUGAAAAGUGUCUUGAGUCUGUGAGAAGAGAAAUGGCAGGUGGAUCUAAAAUGGUUUCCGCAUGUGCACGAUCCAGCUUUCCUCCCUCCGUUUUCAAAGCACAUGUGUUUAAAAAGCUUCAGGUCAGAGGUUUUUCCUUUGAGACCAGAUCUAAUCAGGUCUUCCUGGUUCCUCAUAUGACUCUUUGCUUUUUACUUAUGUGUCUGGAGGAAAGAAAUGAAAUGAGAGGACGAGUUAGAGGAUCUUUGAAACAUAUUUAGCUACGAUGGGAGGAACAAAAUGAAAAGGAGGUGUUGGAUAGGCCCUCGUUACUGCACACUUCAAAAGCACCAAAAUACAGUCGCCUGACUCAAGGUCUGCACAAUACUGUCCUGUCCGUUUGAAAGAAGUUAAAAGCACAUGUCUGGUGUGGUUGUCUGCCUUAGAUUGGAUGCUGCUGCUGGUCUGUAAACACAAUGGCACUCAGUGGUGUCUCUGGCUGUGAUUGUGUCCGUGCCUUCCAUUGAGCAUUUCAGUCUUUUCUUUUCCAUGUUCUUACAAAACCCCAAUAAAGUUUUACCUCUUAA